CUGGGAGAUCAGAGCUUCUAGCUGGCUCUCUGCUGCCACAGCUCCACCAAAGGGUGGGGGGAAACGAAGGGAGCCUUGCCGACUGAACCCAGAGCUGAGAGGAGAGGCAGGUGGUGCAGGGGCGUCACCUGGAUCAUGAGGUCAUCCCUCUGCUGGCUCCUCCCACUUCUCCUCAUCUUGGCCUCAGAGGCCCAAGGCCAGCCAACAAGACGACCAAGACCCAGACCAAGGCUCCAGCCCAGACUCAGGCCCACACCCCGCUUUCCUCAGCCCCAUGAGCCAUCGGAGCCUACAGACCUGCCUCCUCCCCUCCCACCAGGCCCUCCAUCUGUCUUUCCUGACUGUCCCCGGGAGUGCUAUUGCCCCCCUGAUUUCCCAUCUGCCCUCUACUGUGACAGCCGCAAUCUUCGAAAGGUCCCUCUCAUCCCAUCCCGCAUCCAUUACCUCUAUCUCCAGAACAACUUCAUAACUGAGCUCCCAGUGGAGUCUUUCAAGAACGCCACGGGCCUGAGGUGGAUCAACCUGGACAACAACCGAAUUCGCAAGGUGGACCAGAAAGUGCUAGAGAAACUACCCAGCCUGGUGUUCCUCUACAUGGAAAAGAACCACCUUGAAGAGGUGCCCUCGGCUCUGCCCCAGAACUUAGAGCAGCUGAGGCUAAGCCAGAACCAUAUCUCCAGAAUCCCACCCGGCGUCUUCAGCAAGCUGGAGAAACUGCUGCUCCUGGAUCUCCAACACAACAGGCUAAGUGACGGCGUCUUCAAGCCCGACACCUUCCAGGGCCUUAAAAACCUCAUGCAGCUCAACCUGGCCCACAACACCUUGAGAAAGAUGCCACCCAAGAUCCCGGUGGCCAUUCACCAGCUCUACCUGGACAGCAACAAAAUCGAGACCAUCCCCAGCGGAUACUUCAAGGGCUUCCCCAACCUGGCCUUCAUUCGCCUCAACUACAACAAGCUCUCAGACAGGGGCCUCCCCAAGAACUCCUUUAACAUCUCCAACCUCCUCGUGCUCCACCUGUCGCACAACAAGAUCAGCAAUGUGCCCGCCAUCAGCAACAAGCUGGAGCACCUGUACCUCAACAACAACAGCAUCGAGAAGAUCAAUGGGACCCAGAUUUGCCCCAACAAUCUAGUUGCCUUCCACGACUUCUCCUCGGAUCUGGAGAAUGUGCCACACCUCCGCUACCUGCGGCUGGAUGGAAACUACCUGAAGCCGCCCAUCCCACUGGACCUCAUGAUGUGCUUCCGCCUGCUGCAAUCUGUGGUCAUCUAGGCCUUACUCUGCCCCUGGAGCUCCUCUGGCCACACUUGAAUGCAGUGGCCCAGGUGCCUGUGCCCACCAUUUAUUUUCUCUGUCUCCUUUUCUUGCUCUCAGCUUUGCCUUUCUUAUCCCACCCUCCUGAUGCAAGGACAAGCCACGUACUCUGCUGCCCCUGCAGCUUCUAGAGCAAGACUUCCAAAGGCUUGAUUUGGUCCACCCAGCUCAAAGACACCCACUGCACAUCCAAACUUCUGGCC